AUGGAGUCAGCUGCGCCUCUUUCUCAGGGGCCUCUCGGGGCUGGUGGCAUCCUGCAAGCUGGUUUGAUUCCCUUGCUUGUAUUAAAGCUGAAGACUGAGUUGGAUGAUAUCCAGGAGCUAAUCCUUGAUACGCUCUCCAACUGUCUGCACAUUGAGGUUUCUGAAGCCCUAGCAGCUGGCGCUGUUACUGUCCUGAAGGAGAAGCUCACACACUCAUCAGCAGCCAUCAAAAGCAAAGCAGUUUUGGUCAUGUUAGAAAUUAGUACUCAUCCAGAGGCAAAAACUGUGGUAUGUGAAGCGAAUGUUAUUCCUGUGCUGGUGAGCCUGCUGGAAGAUACAGAUCCUGAAGUCCAAGCUCGUGCUGCAGGAGCACUGAUGUUUGCUGCUGUUAUACCUCAGGGGAGAUCCUCAGCCAUGGGUGCUGAAGCCAUUCCACCUUUACUGAAGUUGGUUGCUGAGGAAACCAGCAAAGCCCGUCUGAAUGCAAUCAAAACCCUCACCUUGCUGGCUGAGCUACCAGAGGGCCGCGAAACACUCCUGGAUCAUACAAACACAUUUGAGCAGUGUCUGGAUGAUCCCUGCGAGGCAGUGCAAAGAGCUGCCAAAAUCGCCAUCGCUGUCAUCCAAUGGAAACCUUUCUGCAGCCGUGAUCUUUUCUAG